GCGCUGCGCGCGAGCGGCUUCCGGUGUGGGAGCGGAGGCUGUGCGUGUGGAGGGGGGGGAGGGGCAGCCGAGGGACCGCGGCAGCACAGAGCCGACAGAGAAGACCCCACACAGCACCGCCACAGCCCCCGCCAUGAUGUCGCUGGACUUUCUGAACGAUGUGAGGCGCAUGAACAAGCGGCAGCUGUACUACCAGGUGCUGAAUUUUGGUAUGAUCGUUUCUUCUGCUCUGAUGAUCUGGAAAGGGUUGAUGGUUCUCACAGGAAGUGAAAGCCCGAUUGUAGUUGUUCUCAGUGGCAGUAUGGAACCUGCAUUCCACAGAGGGGACCUCCUCUUCCUGACCAAUCGUGUGGAAGAUCCCAUCCGAGUCGGAGAGAUUGUAGUAUUCCGAAUCGAAGGGCGAGAGAUCCCGAUCGUACACCGAGUGCUCAAAAUUCACGAGAAGGAAAAUGGCGAUAUUAAAUUCCUGACGAAAGGCGACAACAAUGCUGUUGAUGACCGAGGCCUGUACAAACAGGGACAACAUUGGCUGGAGAAAAAGGAUGUGGUGGGCCGGGCACGAGGCUUUGUGCCUUAUAUAGGCAUUGUGACAAUUCUUAUGAACGACUAUCCCAAAUUUAAGUAUGCAGUGCUCGUUCUGCUGGGACUCUUUGUGUUAGUCCAUCGAGAGUGAGCGGUGAAUCUGUUGCAGAGCUCCUCCCCACCCUAAGCCAAAUAUUUUUAUAUGAAGAAAAUGACCAGUAAUAGUGCAGCUCUGCCUCUCUGCAUUCCCGAGGAUUUCUGCUUUCUGCCCAUUGGUUUUUCAGGUGUUUUUGCGAAGGUUCGUACUCUAGAAAUUGUCUUGACACAAAACAGUUAAAAGUGUUGCAGCUUUCUCAGUCCCCCAUCAGAGCAGCCUGGAGCCAGUCAUAGGUUUAUACUGGGGAAAUGGGAGUGUAGGACUCACGAUUCCCACACCCUCACCUCCAUUUCCCUGUGCCCCGUUAUCACAUGCUCAUUCUAGCAUUUGUUUUAACUCAAUCAAAUGUGCAGGAAGCCCAAGGCUUUGCUUGAAAUCAUCGGCCAGCUUCUUGCACACUAAAACUGUCCAAUUUCUGAAACAUGGUGUUGCUGCCCACGUCGCCUCCUUGUGCAACACCGUGACAGCAGUGACCUGAUGACCCAGAGGUCAGCCAUUUUAUACUGGGAGAAACUGACCUGCUUUCUACAUACAUGCACAGUGAAGCACAAUAUAACCCUGGUUGGGAUUAUACGGACGGACACCAACUAUCACGUUUUAGUCUGGCUCCAACUCAAAACAGAGUGAACGGCAAAUUGAUCAUUGAGCUGCACUCUUGCCAGUGGGACAUAAUGUAGAGAUGCCAAGAGACAGCAAAAUAUAUGAUGGUCUAACCCUGUCUCUUGUUACAUAGUGAAUAACAAAUAGACUGAGAGCCUAAAUGCUUGUAUUUUAAAUACCUUCCAAAUACAAUGCCACAUCAAAGCAGUUUCACCAACCUGUCAAUGGUGGGCAAAGGUGCAACCGGAAAAGGAAUUUAUUUGCUUCACAAAAUAAUUUAAUUGAGGAUAAACUUCAUUCUAAUCCCUGUAGCGCAUUUCUUUACACUGACAGCUAAACCUCGUGAGAAUAAGGUCAAAACUGAAACAUGAAAUUGGUACAGAAUGUGGUAACUGAUAAUUAGUAAGAUGUAUACCAUCCUCCCCAGCUAUGGCAAACUCCAUGGGGCCCAAUGAUAAUGAGUUGGAAAUUCCCAAAGCUUUUGAAGUCUAUUUUGUGUGUCGGGUGUCACAAGGUUGUGGGUUCAAGCCCCACAUUGGGACUUUGAGCUCACAGUCUAGGAUGACACUCAAGGGCAGUGAUGGGGGACCACUGGGUUGUUGGAGGUGUCAUCCUUAAGAUUAUAUUAACAUUAACCAAUGUCCAAUCUGCCUGUGCAGGUGCACAUCAAAGGUACUAUUCAAAAAGAGACGGGAGUUUCUCUCUCCCAAGGUAAUCUCCCAAAUAAAAUUGGUCAUUCAUUUCAUGGCUGUUUGUGAGACAUUGCUGUGUGAAAUGGAUGCCACUUUUGCGUGUGAAAAGUGCUGUAUCAAAUGGAAAAAUUACCAUUAGAGGUUCUUGUUUUAAUACUGCUCAAUCCCCAUAGUACUCCUCUCAAACACCCCAAUGUACUUGUUUACACUGUUUAUGAUCUCUUCUCCCAAUCCUAGCUGUGAGGUAAUUUUGUUUAAAAUGUGAAUUCCGAGUAUUUUGCGUUGUUUUGAAGUGCCUGCUCACCCAUUUGGGGUUGAACUGUAAUUGUUUUAAGUACAAGUCAGGUCAGCAGCUUGAUCACAUUUGCUUAGAGCUGUUCACUGGAGAGUAGCGAGGCACACUGCUCGAGACCAUCUUUUGCUCUUGGGGCUGUGUGAUGCUUCAGCAAUAUUCUGGGAAUGCAGUAGUUAAUUUCUGUCUGUUGUCUUUUUCUGUGUUGAAUUACUACCUUUUAGACAGGGCCCUCAGGAAGGCUAUAUACAGGGUCACCAAAAAGUCGUGAAGCUACCUACCCGGUUAUCUUUUUAAAAAAAACACAAAAGUAUCAUCUUUAAGACUUAUUAAGCAUUGUAUGGUUUCAUGACUUUUUGGUCACCCUGUAUUUGACAGGUUUCAGUAUGGUUAUUUUUGUCCCAGUGUUUGGAAGCAGAGUGCUCUUUGCUGAUCACCAGCACAGAGAGAGAUACUCUGGAAAUCGUCAGCCCUUGUUUUUAUGCUGGGCAAAAUGUCAAUGGCUUCAUUUGUGGUGGGGACAGUGGUGUAAUUUUACCAGCCUGGCUAUUGCCAGCCAGCACGCUCCCGAUACUGCAAAAAAUGGUCUCGGAACACGAAUAAACCCAUUUGUAGAA